AUGUCAAGACGCCGCGAAGCCGCGGAACUCGCUCGAGUUCUCCACCUCUCGACGCAACAAGCGCGCGUCGUUGCCGAAACAGGUCCACACACCCUGUCCAGCCCACACGGUACUGGCAAAGGCGGAAGCACGAUGGAUUCGCGCGAGAUGGAGAUCCGCGCAUUGGAGCCGGGGAUGAUGGUGGAUCAGGGAAUGGGAGUGGAUCCGAGGAUGAUCAUGCGUCCUCCUGGGAGCUCGGCGAAUGCUGCAGGGAGCAAGGAGGCGAGCUCCAGUCAGAGUGGGAACGGCACUGGCAGUGGGGAGGCGGGGAGGUCGACUAUUGAUCAGGCGGUGUCGACGGUACCGAUGAGCGAUACGAGCAACAUUCAGGCCUUUACCCCUUCCGAAUCCACCUCAGCCCCAAACAACAAUCUCAUUCCGGAAAGCAGCGAUAUGCAGCUCCCACCUCCCGGCCAACCCGCCGUGCAAACGCCAGCAUCGACCGGCCCGGCGGAUGCUAGCUCAGCCGCGAAAGGCGAUUCUGCAGGAUCCACCAGCCAGUCCCGCCCGCUCUUCUCGCCCACCCAAGGGUCCAGAAAGAAUGCCGAGCCCACACCUCAGCGCAAUCCCGCAGACGUCGAGGUAUCUCCCCCUCGGCCCAUCGUGAAGCAUCAGUACUCCCGUAUCGCUCCUCCCGUCGACGAAACCAUCACGCCGGCUCCGCUUGCCAACGCUGGAUCAUCAUCACGUCCUUAUCAACUCUCCUCUUCCCCUGAUCACCCCCCGGUUCCGGCGCCCGUCGUGGCGAAACCCCCUCGGCGGUCUCGUGCACUCCUCGAGGACUCGGAGGAUGACGUGUAUGACCCAAGUGAAUCGGUCCGGCCCAAAAAGGUGGCCAAGAAGACUCCCGCGGCACCCAAGCAGAGCAAGAAGGCGAGCAAGAGUGCGGUAGCAACUCCGGUCGUGCAGGCGGUCGGGGCGGCGGCUGGCAUCAAUGUGCCAAGGGAGAACAGGGGAGACUCGCCGGAUCCCCUUCUGAUUGGGCCUUCCAAGUCAAGCGCAAACGUUGCCUCCCGCCAGAUGUCAUCCGCUUCCAACCCCUCCGCGGACACGCCCGCGGGAGGCAAGAAGGUAUCCACCUCGAAAGCGAAGCCAAAGGCGGCUAGUACGGUAUCAAAAGGCAAGGGCAAGGAGAAGGAGAAGGAGUUGCUACCAGACACACAGGAAGAGAUGGGACCGGAGGGGUCGAAGCGCGUUUCCAGCAGGGUCAGGGAGAAGGAGCUGAAAGACGAAGCGGAAAAGCUUGAGAGGAGGCGAAAGCGUGCCGAGGAGAAGGCGCGGCUAGCAAAGGAAGCUGCUGCGAGCGUGGCGGCGGGGGAGCAGCCCGGUAGUGCUGGAAAGCUUGCUUCCAGCGAGGAAGGGGAAGGGUCGAAGGCGGAUGAGCUGGAGAAGUCAGUCGAGGCAUCAGCUGGACCGGUCGACACCCCAUCGACAACCACGUCCCCAACGGUGAAGGCUGCCCGCCCGGUCAAUCGCAAGCGUAUUCUCUCGUCCUCACCCGCCCCGGAAGACAACGUCGUCGCCAUCAUGCCAGGUGCGGAGGCGGUACCGGUCAAGUCGGCGGCCCCCGCCGCUGAUACUCAUGUCCCUCCCGCUCGCGCGAUAUCAGUGGAAUCGGUCCUUACCGACAAAUCAGCCGAGGCAGGGCCCAGCAAGGUGACCUCUACCGCCAAGCGGCCUCCACCCAAAAAGUCGGCAACGCAAACGAAGAAGGCGGCUGCAGCGGCCAAGAAGGCAGCGGGCAAAGCCAAGGCUGCUGCGAAGGCACCGGCGCCAAAGAGCCGGGAGUUCAUCGGGAGUGAUGAUGAGGAAGACGGGACGGAGAAAGGCAGGGCAGCGGCAGUGGAGGCUGAGCCCGAGAUGGAGAAGGAGGAGGAUGCGGCGCAAGCUGGACCGUCGAAUAGCAAAGCACCAACAGAGGCGGAGAAGGUCGCGCCGGUCCCGCGAGAACCCUCGCCACAGCCAGGCAGGAGAGCAAUGCCUGCCAUGUCGGCUUCUCCCGAACCUCCUCAUUCGCCUUACAGACCAGCUGGGACAUCCCGUCCUCCGCUGACUGCGGUUCCGGCUCGAGUGACCAACAUCGCCUCGUCCAGCUCACCACGGCAUUCUCCGGGACCAAUGAGCGAGAAGGGAACGCCUCUGCGCCCUGAUGGAAUCAAGUUCAAAACAGAACGAAACGAUCUCGCGUCUGUCCUUUCCAAGUUCCCCAAAUCUCGCUUCGCAGGCAUGUCGCGCCGUCUCAAAAUUGCCCCUCUGCACAGCAAGAUCGGUCCCCCAAAGAAGGAACUACCGCCCGCACCCAAAAAGGCAGAAAAGAGGAAGAAGGGAGACAGUGACGAUGAUGAGGAUGACGAAGAGGAUGAAGAGGACGAUGAGGACGGAGAGGGCGGUGUGAAGAAGAAGAAGUCAAAGGAGAAGGGGAUUGAGUGGUACAUGAUGGAGGACUGA